GUCUUUCACUAGCACAUGUUGCAUAUGAUUAUGCAGAAACUUAAAUUUGCUUCAGCAUGAUGUAUGAUCCAUUGUGGAUAUAACUUAAAUUUUAACACCACUAUUGUUGUAAAUUGUAUUAUUGUCAGGUGUAAGAAAGUUUUGUCAUAGCUGGUCAGCUACAUAAGUUCUGUAAUGACUCAUUUCGAACGAGAUGUCAUAUUGGACCUGUAAAGAUUCGUCAAAAAGCUGUUGAGCCAGUGACUUCCAAAACCAGUGGUGUAAGGGGAUUUAGUGAUGAUAAUGUUGAAUAAGCUCGAUCAAAGACUUUACUGAAUCAAAGAGCAGAGUAAACUACUACAGCAAAUGAGAAAAGAUAAACAGGAAUAAAGGCAGAAUGGUCAAAAAUAAUAAUCACGCGUUAACUUUAGCGUCUGUCUUAGAAAAUUCAAACAAAGUAAUUACGUUGCGCUUUCUCACGUCACGUCUCUCGCUACUACUCUUUAAACACACGAACUUUCUUCACCUUAUUCUUCCUUCACCAGUUGACUCUCUUUCUCUCUCUCUCUCUCAGAAUCUCUAAGUCGUCACAAGAAUGAUGAACUUCAACGACCAAGGUCCAAUGGCCACGCCCGAAGAAAAGAACUCUAGUUCUACAACCUACGCCAUGAGCAGCAAAAUCAUGAUAAGCGCCAUUGUAAUCCUCUUCUUCGUCGUCGUUCUAAUGGUCUUCCUCCAUCUCUACGCUCGCUGGUACCUCCUCCGCGCUCGCAGACGCCACCUACGCCGCCGUAACCGCCGCGCUACAAUGGUGUUCUUCGCCGCCGACCCUUCCACCGUAAUCCCCACACGCGGUCUCGACCCCACCGUCAUAAAAUCUCUCCCCAUUUUCACUUUCUCCGCCUCGACACAUAAAGAUCCUAUCGAGUGCGCCGUCUGUCUUUCCGAGUUCGAAGAGACCGAGUCGGGUCGGGUUUUGCCCGGUUGCAAACACACUUUUCAUGUCGACUGCAUUGAUAUGUGGUUUCAUUCUCAUUCCACGUGUCCUCUCUGCCGCUCUCUCGUCGAGCCUCACACCGGAAGUGGAACACCGACGGAGGAGGAGGAGCAAGUGGUGAUCACGAUUUCUCCUGAACCGGUUUGUGCAACUGAACCGGGUUCGAGCUAUGGCUUGAGUGAUGAACCGGAAGAUUUGGGGAGAAAACCGGCGGCUAUUGAAGUGCCGAGGAGGAACUUCAGCGAGUUUGAACACGAGUCGUCUCAAAACUCACCAUUUAGGUCGCCGAUGAUGAGUCGGAUGUUAUCUUUCACUCGGAUGUUGAGCAGAGAUCGUAGAAACGCUUCGUCGCCCGUUGCCGGAGCUUCGCCGUCGUCGAGCUGCCAUAUCCCGAUGCCUGAGUCAGAUAUCGAACGUGGAGGAGAACAGACUAUGUGAUUCUGCCACGUGGAUGUUCUUUAUUGGUUUUAGCAAGUGAAACUACAAUUUUAUUACAGCAUUGAUAAAGUCAACAAGCCUUUUGUCGAGAGUUGUUGAUUUCAGAGCCCGUGAACACGUGGCGUAAUCGGAGUUGUUAACGAGUAAUCGGAGUUGUUAACUAGUCAAGAGAUUAGAUAGAUAUGUAUGAAGAUGUACAUACGUAGUCAGUCGUCGAUGUUGAAUUUUAUUUCACAUUUAUUUUUCUUUAUUCCUCUUUUUCCAUCUCUACAGACUCUUUCUGUAAUAACAAAUCCAAUGUCAUGGACUCAUGAUAGAGACUUUACAGAACUUUAUUGGUUAUCAAUCUUAAAUUCUCAAUGUCUUUUUUUUUUUUUUUGCUUAAAUUUGGUUAUCAGUCUUAAUGUCUUUGAGAUCAAAUCAAAUAUAAAGUUCCUCUGUUUAUACUUAACAGAGAAUGUAGGUAACAUAUUCAUCUUUCCUAAUCGUAAAUGUAAAUAUUCAUCAGUUGGAACAAUCAAAGUAAUAAGUUAAGCAAAAAAAAAAACAAUCAAGGCAUACUCCUUUUUGUGUGUGAACAUUUGUUGCGUUUCUUUACAUACAAGUUACAAUUAUAAAACGUAAUUUAUGUGGCCGGGUUACGUAUGUUUAUCUGAUUGAAUUAUAUUACAUGUUAUUUUCGCAAAUGAAACUUUAUAUAAAGUUAUAAACAUGCAACCAAUUAGUUUCCAACUAUAGGAUCCAUGUUUAAAGAGUCUUGACAUGGUAAGUAACACUCAGAAUGAGAUAUAUGGUGUUCAACACGACUACGAGUCUACGACAUUGCAGUUCCGACUCCAAUUCGCUCACCUCGUUACUAUAUUUAUUAUGUUCCAUUUCUUUAAAAAAAAAAAGUAAACAUGUCCAUUCAUUGGAUCUGAUUUGUAAAUUUCAAUGAAAUAUGACCCUUGGUUUCUACACGUAAGUGGACAAAGUCUUGUGCCUCCUACUUACCACACCGCAACGUGAUAUUAAGGCUUCGAAUGGUAACCCGCUUCCCGCACCGUUCCGUAUCUAUAUCUAUAUAUUUUUAUAAGUGUUAGAACCGCACCGCAAUUAAACUGCUUGUCCCGCACCGCUCAACCUGCAGUCAUUCGGAGCCUUAGGGAGGGAACAAUUUGCACCAUCUCCAACUCCAAUCAUCAUAGUUUUUCUUUUCAAUUCAAAAUGACAACUCCCACUAAUAUACAAAUCCAAUCAUUUCAAAUGAGAAUAGUACAUAAGUCCAGAAACAAAUAAUAUUAUUAUCAAUGGUUUCCAACUUAAAUCUCGUACAACUUUAAAAAAUUAAGUUAAACUCUCUCAAAUGAAUUUUUUUGACAUUAAUAUCUUAUUAUUUUUUCACGAAUUCCUUAAUUAAAUAUAUAAUAUAAAAGCAUGAGCAGCGGUAAGCUCUUGCACCAGCUCUCAUUAAUUUAAAAAUAUUAAAGAAUUUAAAAAGAGAAAAAAAGGAAAAAGGUGGAGAGAAAAGAGAAAGCAGCUCUAUACGAAGAUCUUUCUGAUUUUGCCGAGGAACUGUGUUUUUCACUUGUCUUUUAAAUAGUGACUUAUUUAAAAAAAUAAAAUAAAAAAAUAAUUUAAAAAUAUUAUUUGAGAGAUCUAUGUGUGUUCUACCAAUGUUAAUGCUCUAAGUCGUUUACAUUUUGAGAAACUUAACCUAAGAGAUUUCCAAUACAAAUACCUUAACAACUCGCAUAUAUUGCUGUUGAUGUUCGUCAUAAAGAAGUAUGCAUAAUUGACUAGUUCUCUAUAUCAAAACUUGAAGACUAGAAACUUCAAAAUAAACCACUAUUCAAAGGUAUGUAAAGGUGAUACAAUAGAAAAAAUAUGCAGAUGUUAACUCAUAUAAUAGUCUCGAUAUAAGAUGUUAAAAAAUAGUAUCGAUAUAAUCAGUGCCGGCCCUUGCACGAAGCAAAAGAAACAUAUGCUUGCGGCCUUUUGUUUUAUGAAUUAAUUUCCCGCCACAAAAAUCAAAUAGUUCCUAAUAGUCUGGUGGUAAUUUUCUGUCCUAGUAUAGUUCAACAACCCGGAAUCAAAUCUCCUAGAGAUCACUUCAGCGUUUUAUGUUUUAUUUUUUGCAUAAAAGUGGCCAAUUUUUUUUCUCUUUGCUUCUAGUCCGUAAAUUCCAAGGACCGGCUCUGGAUAUAAUUUCUUCGCGUUUUUCAAAACGUGAUUAUCGGAUGUUUCUUUCGUUACAUUUUUAUGUUUUUAUUAGUGAUUUUUCUAUAUGAUACGAACACGUUAGAAUCAAUACUAUUAAAAAGGAAUAAGUUCUAAAAAAUCUACUUAUAAAAAGUUGUUGGACCCUUUCAUUAACUAACAAUAUUUUUAGUCUUACCAUAAUAUUUGACUAACAAUAAAUCACCUAAACAUUUUCUAACAAUAAUUUAUUACUCCCCAUCUUUUUGUACAUGACAAAGUUAUACAACAUGCCAUAUCAUUUGCUACACAAAAAUGAUAUAUGACAUACAUAUCCAUACAUGACUCAUUUCACUCAAUAUAAAUAAACUUUAAUCUAAUAUAAAUAAACUAUAUCAAUCGUUAAUCCAACAAAUAUGUAACAUUAGACUACAUCCUUUCUAUAUUUUUGUUCUAUAUUAUGAAAAAGCUCAUUCACUAUCUCAUGUUAAUAUUCAAUCUAUACUAUUAAAUUCACCAAAAUCCACCAAGUAAAUCAUAAGUCUCACGAAGUUCAACAAAUAUAAUUCUUAUAAAAUGCACACAAAAUAUAAUAUUUGGACAUAAUUAGAUAUUUGGGCAUCGACUCUUCUGGUCGGGUAUGAAUUGAUUCCUUUCGGGUUUAGGUUUUCGGAUCCUAAACAUUUGGACAUAGCUAGGUAUUUAAAAAAUUUUGGUUCGGAUUCGGAUUGAUUCCUUUGGAGUCCGGAUCCAUAAUUUAAAUACCUAUAACUUUUGGGUAUGUAACGGGUCCGAAUUGGUUUAAGGUUUUUAAAAUUCGAAAAACACUUGAAGUACCCGAAAACCCAAAAAUACUAAAAACACAAAAAAUACAUGAAAACACAAACAAGUACCUGAAAAAAAUAUUUGAAUUCCAAAAAAACAAAAUUUUACAUAAAUCUGACCUAAGGAAUGGAAGAUACCUAACUACAUUUUCUAAUACCCAAAAUAUUUAUAAAAAAUUAAAAUUUUAUG